AUGGGCUGGUUCUCAAGUUCCUCAGAUGCGCCCCAAAAGGCCUCCGACGGCGGUAAAAUUGCCCCCGAUCGCUCGUCCCGAGACAAAUGCUACAAAGGCCGAGACCUUUUUUUUAAAUGCUUAGACCAGAACGGCAUCAUAGACGCUAUAAAGAAGGACGGAGAAGCACGAGCGAAGUGCGCGAAAGAACUGCAGGAGUUUGAGAAUGCUUGCUCGGCAACAUGGGUGAAAUAUUUCAAAGAGAAGCGAGUAAUGGAAUACCGACGGGACAUGUCGAUCGAACGGAUAAAACAGGACGAAGCCGCCGGGAAGAAGGUCGGAAAUUAG